CGUACAACUUGCCAUGUGCUUGCCAUGUGCAGUCCCUCUCUACCCACAGCCCACCUACUGUUUUAACUUUUAACUUCACUUUCAACUACUGCCGCCACCGCACUUCUUCCAUCGUCUGCCACCCUCCGAUCCGAUCUCUGGCGAAGUCUGUAAUCUUCUAAUUUAUACAUACAAUUAUGGAUAAGAACAUUAUUAGCUCCACGUAAAACCAAACAAGAAAAAACAGUGAUUUGUUAAUUAGAAAGAGAACAAGAUAGUUAAACUUCGUUCUGUCCCCAUGGCAUCCAUCAUUGAAGAAGGCGGGAAGGAUCUUGAAAUGGGAGUCAUAAAUGAACCCUCACUUCCGUCGCCGUCGCCGAGGGUUCCGGCACUGGUAGUGUCGAAUUCCGGCAAGACAUUAGCCGGAUCGAACUCCGGCAACUCGCUAGUGGUUUCCAAUUCCGGGAAAGCCUUGAUCUUGUCUAAUUCCGGAAAAAGAAUGGACCAAUCGGGUAAGAAGAAGUACGUGAGGCAGGUGACGGGGCGGCACAAUGACACGGAGCUGCAUCUGGCGGCGCAGAAGGGUGACGUGGCGGCAAUAAGGCAGAUAUUAGGUGAGAUCGAUGAGCAGAUGCUGCAGACAACGAGUGGGACUGAGUUUAAUGCUGAACUGGCGGAGAUCAGGGCAGCUGUGGUGAAUGAGGUCAAUGAAUUGGGGGAGACCCCUCUUUUCACCGCGGCCGAGAGAGGGCACAUUGAUGUGGUGAAGGAGUUGUUGACUUACACUACCAAGGAAGGGAUAACCUCCAAGAAUAAGUCGUGUUUCGACCCCUUGCAUAUUGCUGCGAGGCAAGGCCAUCAUGAUAUUGUCCAGAUACUGCUAGAGCAUGACCCUGGGCUAAGCAAAACAGUUGGUCAAUCAAAUGCAACUCCUCUUACUACUGCAGCGACAAAAGGUCACCUGGCAGUUGUUAAUGAGUUGCUUUCAAAGGAUUCAAGCUUACUAGAGAUAUCGAAAUCAAAUGGAAAGAAUGCUUUACAUUUUGCUGCUCGUCAAGGGCAUGUAGAUAUUGUUAAAGCAUUGCUUGAAAAAGACACUCAGCUGGCUAGAAGAACUGAUAAGAAAGGACAGACCGCACUUCAUAUGGCUGUAAAAGGUGUUAGUUGUGAAGUUGUGAAGUUGCUUCUGCAAGCAGAUGCAGCCAUUGUGAUGCUUCCAGACAAAUUUGGCAACACUGCAUUACAUGUAGCCACCAGAAAAAAAAGGGCUGAGAUUGUGCAUGAGUUAUUGCUGCUCCGUGACACAAAUGUCAAUGCACUAACAAGAGACCAUAAAACGGCCCUUGACAUAGCUGAAAAUCUCCCUCUAUCAGAAGAAAGUGCUGAAAUAAAAGACUGCUUAACUCGAUAUGGUGCUGUCAGAGCCAAUGAAUUGAAUCAGCCACGGGACGAGCUUCGCAAGACUGUUUCAGAAAUCAAGAAAAAUGUCCACACUCAGCUGGAACAAGCUCGUAAAACCAACAAAAACAUGAAUGGCAUUGCCAAAGAGCUUAGGAAGCUUCACAGAGAAGGAAUUAACAAUGCCACUAAUUCAGUCACUGUGGUGGCUGUGCUAUUUGCAACAGUUGCUUUUGCUGCAAUUUUUACAGUUCCUGGAGGUGAUGAUGACAGUGGGGUGGCUGUGAUGGUGAGCAGCCCAUCCUUCAAGGUUUUCUUCAUUUCUAAUGCUAUUGCCCUUUUCACAUCUUUGGCUGUUGUGGUAGUGCAAAUUACUGUAGUCAGAGGCGAAAUAAAAUCAGAGAGACGAGUUGUAGAGGUAAUCAAUAAAUUAAUGUGGCUGGCUUCUGUUUGCACUACUGUGGCUUUUAUUGCUUCAUCUUACAUUGUUGUUGGGAGGCAUAAUAAGUGGGCUGCAAUUCUUGUCACCGUCAUAGGAGGAGUUAUUAUGGCCGGGGUCCUUGGUACCAUGACGUAUUAUGUGGUGAAGUCCAGAAAAAAAAGGAAAGAGAGGAAGAAAGAAAAGUAUUCGAGGAGUGGAACUAACUCAUGGCAUCACUCAGAUUAUUCCGAGUCAGAUGUGAACCCAAUUUAUGCAAUCUGAUGCAGCCAUGGGUUGAGACCGGUAUCCUCUCUCCCACGUGAUGGUUAAUAUCAAGAAUUUAACCUGUCAAGAAUGCAAUGAGACGUUUUAAGGGGUGUAAUCAGUAAAUAUGAGACAUGCAGUUUGGCUAUGUUGUAAAUUAGACAUCAUGUUGCGGAACUGACAGAUAAGAGAAGCAGUAGCACACACUAAAAUUGUCUGUGGUUUCGAAGAUUUUAAGGUUGAUCAUAACAUUAUGUUGUACGAGUGACACAGGGCUGAGAAAUGAUCUUAUAACUCUGAUAGUAUCUGUGUUGUUCAGGUUAUUCUGUAAUAAUGUCAAAACUUUGCAUGCAUUAAACUCAUGUGGACUUCGUUUACAUCGAACCUUUGUACUUCUAAUUUCGUUGAACAUGGUGGCCAUUCUCAUGUGCGUAUUUUAGUUAUGCUAAGUGAUUUCUGUA